UCUCGCUUGCUUGCUCGCUCGCUUCAGCUUCCGCUUCCUCCUCCCCCUCCAAAAACCCAAUAAAAUAAAACGCACGCACCCGAAUUCCCUUUCCCCCACCACCCCCGCCUCGAUCCCCUCGCCGGAAGAUCCGAUCCCGAGCCGAGCUCGAUCGCGCUGGGUUUGGUGGGAAUGGUAGCGGUGGGCCGGUGACCCUCUCAGCCGGCGGCGGCGGGGUUUGUUGGGUGGGGUGGGCUGGGGGGGGGGGGGUGAUGGGCUGCUUCUCGUGCUUCGACUCGCCCGCGGAGGAGCAGCUGAACCCCAAGGUGGGAGGGCCGUACGGGGGUGGCGGCGGUGGCGGUGGCUCGUCCUCCUCGGCUGCGGGCUACGGCGGCGGCGGCGGCGGCGCCCGCCAUGGGGAGAGGGGGUACCCGGAGCUGCACCACCACAACCACCACCAGCCCAUGGCGGCGCCGCGCGUCGAGAAGCUCUCCGCAGGUGCUGAGAAAGGGAGAGUGAAGAGCAAUGCGAUAGCAAGGGAGCCUUCUGCGCCCAAGGAUGCCAAUGGGAAUGUAAUAUCGGCGCAGACUUUCACCUUCCGAGAGCUCGCAACGGCCACCCGGAAUUUCAGGCCGGAGUGCUUCCUCGGUGAAGGAGGCUUUGGACGCGUUUACAAGGGCCGUCUGGAGAGCAGUGGCCAGGUUGUUGCUAUAAAGCAGCUUAAUAGAGAUGGGCUUCAAGGAAACAGAGAAUUUCUAGUGGAAGUUCUCAUGCUCAGUUUGUUACAUCAUCAAAAUCUUGUUAAUUUGAUUGGUUAUUGUGCUGAUGGAGAUCAACGUCUUCUUGUUUAUGAAUACAUGCACUUUGGAUCAUUGGAAGAUCAUUUGCAUGAUCUACCUCCUGAUAAGGAAGCAUUGGAUUGGAACACAAGGAUGAAAAUUGCAGCUGGUGCUGCUAAAGGACUGGAGUACCUUCACGACAAAGCAAAUCCACCAGUUAUUUAUAGAGACUUCAAGUCAUCAAACAUUCUUUUGGAUGAGAGUUUCCAUCCAAAGCUCUCUGACUUUGGUCUUGCAAAACUGGGUCCUGUUGGUGACAAAUCACAUGUCUCUACACGUGUGAUGGGGACAUAUGGCUAUUGUGCUCCAGAAUAUGCUAUGACAGGACAAUUAACUGUUAAGUCUGAUGUAUAUAGCUUUGGUGUUGUCUUGCUUGAGUUGAUUACUGGUCGUCGGGCGAUUGACAGCACUAGGCCACAUGGCGAACAAAAUCUUGUCUCAUGGGCACGACCUCUUUUCAAUGACAGAAGAAAGCUUCCUAAAAUGGCUGACCCAAGACUGGAAGGACGAUACCCCAUGCGUGGACUUUACCAAGCACUUGCAGUGGCAUCUAUGUGCAUUCAGUCGGAGGCUGCGUCCCGCCCACUUAUUGCAGAUGUUGUGACUGCUCUUUCCUACCUGGCAUCUCAAUCGUACGACCCUAACGCGCCUCAUGCUUCGAGGAAGCCAGGUGGUGACCAACGAAGCAAAGUUGGCGAGAAUGGCAGGAUAGUCUCCAGGAACGAUGAAGCCAGCAGCUCUGGCCACAAGUCACCAAACAAGGACAGGGAGGAUUCCCCUAAAGAGCCUCCAGGUAUCCUGAACAAGGAUUUCGACCGGGAGCGGAUGGUGGCAGAGGCGAAGAUGUGGGGCGACAGGGAACGGAUGGUGGCGGAGGCGAAGAUGUGGGGCGACAGGGAGCGGAUGGUGGCCGAGGCGAAGAUGUGGGGCGAGAAUUGGCGGGACAAGCGGCGUGCGAUCGAGAAUGGGCAGGGGAGCCUGGAUUCCCCAACUGAAAAUGGCUAGGAGCAGAGCAGUGAGUGGUUGAUCCAUCCACCCAUGUAUGUCUGUUUAUUUCCAACACUAUUUGCUUUCCUGUGGCAGAGAGAGGCGGAGAGGGUGGGUUAGAUGUACAUUUCUAGAGAAAAGAAACGGGAGCUUUGAACCGGAUAGUGAAUGCAUAUGUUGUAAAUUCUCAGAAAAUUUUGUGAGAAUGAAAGGACACCUUUUGAGUUC